AUGGACUACACCGUUGAAAGGUCGGCCUACGAUGAGGGGAUAGACCCACCCAAAACUCCACGGAAGGUCUGGUGUUUCGGGUGCCUGUCGGCCCUGUUCCUGGUGCUGGCCCUGAUGUCCAGUCUAGCCUACGUUUUGACAAACUUCCUGAUCUCCUACUCGCUGAUGGACGAGCUGGUCGUCUCGAGUCAGAAUUCCACGCGCUACCUCGACUGGGCAUGCAAGUUUGCCUACGGUAGCUGGGGUGGCUGCGAGAAGCCCCACUUCGCUGUUCCCUUCUACGAGUCCUACUACAUGUACAACUUGACCAACUAUGAUGAUACCCUCGCCGGGUCGCCCCCAGAGUUUUCCCUUCACGGGCCGUACACAUAUCGUGUGAACAUCACCAAGUUCGACAUCAGCUUCGCAGCCAAUGGGAGCUCCGUCGACUAUCGUGAGGCCCACAUGUAUCUGUGGGACCAGGAAAAGUCAUGCACUGGCUGCGCGCCGGAGGAUGAGUUCCUUGCCAUCAAUGCUGGCUACCUGGGAGCACUUAACACCACGGGCUCCGAGGCCGUUCUGCUCUUGGGCUUGACGGGCCCGACCAUCAACAGGAUGGUCGAGGACAUUGAGAGGACUUAUGUGGCCGAUCAGAUCAACACCCGCGGCUACUCCGAGGUGAUGGACCGCUGUCGUGUGAUCGAUCUGAACUGUCACACUCCCUUCCACGCCGCCCUCCUCCAGUGGGGCUACUACUCGAAGAGUCCCAAUGCCAUCGGUCUCUUUGGCGACUCGGUCACUGGCAUGUAUGAUGAAUUCCCUGACAAGGCCGAGUACGGAGCCUUCUCCAUCGACAAUUCGGCCCCCGCGGCCGUGCUCCGCUUCAACCUCAAGACCAUGGAGCUGAUGCUCUAUGGCCCGCAUGGGAUUGUCACCGAUCCGCUCAAUCUGCUGGAGAUGGCGAAGGCCUUCGAGUCGAACCCGGACCUAUUGCUCGAGCGCUGGGGUUUGACCAGUGUUCAGUUCACGGCCUUCCUCAAGUACUUUAUGUCCAUCACGCCAACCUACAACACGCGUCUUUACACCAGCGUGACCGGCCUCCGGCAGGGCGGUGGGCUCUUCUCACAGAGGAGCGUCCACCAGUGGGUGUUCGACUUUUCCGACCCCCUGCUUGAGUACCUCCAGCCGGGCGACACUCAAACCAAUGUCCGCCAGAAUGACACCUCAAUCUCGGUGGCUUCUUUCUACAAGGGAGUGACCCGCAUUGAAACGGGCCUGUCUGAUCGUCAUCAGAUUGCCAAUGUGGUCUUCUGGAAUGGCACGUCGUCGGUGGACUUCUGGCAGGAGCCGAUCCAGGUCAACGGCAACAAUCAGGAUGGUCAGUUUUUCUGGCAGCUCCCCAAUGGCCUGGGCCGGUUCCCGUCGCGUCUCCAGCCGUACCCCGUCUGGUCGCCUGAUCACGCUCGGGAAAUCACCCUUCUGGAUACCGGCAUCCGGGUGAAGGCCAGCUAUAACGACAUCCCUCUCGUCAGCAACGCCACCUACGAUGUGGAUCCCUUCUUCCAUCAGGAUGUCCUGGGAUUUGUCAACGUGGGAUCCUUCCAUCUGGAUCCUCCCUUCCGUAUUCGCCAUGUGUUUGGCUCGUCAGUUCCGCUAUACAUGUCCCAGCCCCUCAUGUGGCUGGCCAACUCUACCUACGUCGAGAAGGUGAAGGUUGCCAACAUGCACCCGAGCUUCGACACCUGCGCCACAAUUGUCGAUGUGGAGCCCCUCACUGGCAACACCAUGAAUGUGGCCAAGCGCCUGCAGGUGAAUUACUAUCUGGAUGAGUCCACCGCGCGUGACCGCUUCCACAUCGGGUUGCAAAAGGACAUCUUCCUGCCGACGAUGUACAUUGAACAAACCGCCGGCGUGACGAAAGAGCUGGCCGAUGAUUGGUCUUCCCAAAUUGGUUUGAUUGAUGCCCUGCGGGGUUAUGUCUUCGUGAUUGGCCAGUCCAUUUGCUAUUCUGGCUUGAUUCUAUUCGCCUGCCUGACGGUCUUCUACCUUCGCAGGCACAAGCACUCUCUGAGAUACGGGGACUAUGAGACCAUCAAUUAG